AUGACGAUGGAUGGGGGCCUCGAAGCUGGCCAAGCAGGGGCGCCAAAGCCGUUUAGACUUCGGUUUGCAUGCAACCAGUGUAAUACCUCCAAGGUUCGGUGUUCUGGCGACAAGGACGGGUGCUCUCGCUGCGUCAGCUUGGGUCUCAAAUGCCAGUACCAGGUGUCCAUGGUCGGCCGCAGCUCGUUCAAGAGACAGCGGCUCGGCGGGAGUCACCAUUGGGAGGCCCGGCCACAGAUGCCGCCGUCUUCUGAUCCAUACACGGAGCUUACGCUGGGAGCCAGACCUGCGUCUGGUUCCUGGAGCCGCAGCGAUGCCCCGUCGACAGGCGCGGUUCUUCCGGCGCUGGUGCCCGCUGUUCCCCUCAUCAAAGAAGGCGGGGUCUUUCAGCUCGGCGACGUGGGCGAUUAUGCCGGGUCGGGAUCGGGAUCCUCGCCGGCUAAGCUUUUCCCGACACACGGUGCCGUGUCUGCUGAUAUCCUGGGGGGCUGCGCCGACCCCUUGGACAUGGACAUUGUCGACACCCCAUGCUCCGUCCGCAUCUUUGACCCCCAACACGCCCAAGACAGCACCGCCGAGGGGUGGCAGGCUCACUUCGCCUGGCAGCACCAAGCGACACACCCGCCGCUGACAGAGCUCGGCGCCAAGUCGACGGUGGCUGCCUCGCAAUCCUGGCGCGACUCCAACGGCUUGAAGCGAUACCACCACGCGGCCGCUCUCACAAGCGUCAUCGAGAGUCUCGAGCGGUGCUCUCUGAGCACGGCACCCACGAUGGAUCGCAUCAUGUCCGUGAACCGAAAGGCAAUGACCAGUCUGCCUCCCAUCAUGGCGAUGGAUGGGUUCAAGAUGUGUCACAGCUGCCCCAUGCUUGUUACCACUAUCCUAGACCUCAUCUUGAGCAUGUAUGAGUCGGCGCUCGACUCGAUGCAGUCCGACCUUGCGGACAACGCCCAAACGACUGAGCACUGGAAUGAUGGCUCUAUAGGCAGCCAGUCACAGGGUUCGCCAUCGAGGUCCGCCCUGUCUCCGCCGGACGUCGUGACGGCAGAUGCCUCGACGACCUCGAGUUCGAUUACCUCAAGCUUGAUGCGCCAGGGACGGCCCGUUUUCUCCUUUGGCUGCCUGGAGCUGGAGCCAGAUGAGCAGGUCAUGCUGCGUAGCCUGUUGUUGAAAAGGGAUCUACUUAAAUGCAUAGACACGAUUCGGUCCUGCCACGGCGAAUGGAAGAGACUGCAGCAGGCUCAGGCUGCCCCCUCCGAGGACCAUCAGUCUCCUGGCCAAAAGAAGCCCAGUUUAGCAAGCCGCAAUCAUUUGCAGGAGUGGUACCAAGGGAUGCAGGAGAAGGCUAAGGAGUUGCUGGCGUCAGUGAAACCCCAUGACUUGUGAAAUCAAGGUAUGGAUAGCUGAGAGACAAAAGCACGGUUCCGGGGGGUGUUCAUCCGCGUAAAUGCCCUUUUCAUGCUUCCUGAUAGACGACUGGUCAGGCUAAACUGCAGGCACAACUAGCGCUCUGUUUUAAGUUCUUUUUUUUUUU